AUGGAAGCAGGAAAAGCAGAAACCAAAAAGCUUAUUGCAGAAAAAGAAAUACUUGUUUGGGAAGAAACACAAUUUUCUAACCCGGUCAUGAAACUCCAGAGAGAACGAAAUACUGAAAAGGGUUUUAUUACUAUGAGUGGGUUUUUCUUCCACCGCUCACCGGAUAAUAAAAGCUUUUUCCAUUCCCAGGUAAUAUUUGCUCAUGGUUCCAUAGUAAAGAUGACAACUCGUCACUCAAGAAAAUCAAUCAAGUUUUUUGGGAGUCUAAUCGGUGCGGAAAAUGUUGAAGACCUCCAAAGAACCAAAUCAGAUAUUGAAGAUAACAUCUCAAAAAUUUUGAAUCUUAUUAAGGAUGAAAGUUAUAACAUGGAGGAUGGGAAUCACAAAUAUUCUAGAAAUUGGACAAAACUUAUGGGACAAAUAGAGGACUUAUACAAGAAUCACCAAUCAUUGUAUGCCUUAUAUGAUCGUAUUACUGAAGAGUUUGAGAAAUCAGUUUCUCGUAAAACAAAUAGAAAGGUAUUAUUGUCUUCGUCUGACUCUGAGUCUGAAUACUUUUCUUCAGAGGAAGUAGAUGGAAAUAGGAGAAGGUUAGAAAAAGAACAUUACUAUGUCUCUGGUUUCGAAACUCCUAGGCAAGACUUUUUUGACAAAGGAGAUAGUACAGACGAGGUUACUAAUCCUGAAGCCACAAAAUUUGAGGAACAAUUAAAUUUGCUAAUGAAAGAGGUUGAGAGCUUGAAGAAACAAAAAAAGGAUCUAAAACGGGAGGUUGAAAGCCAAACACAAGAAGUUAAACAUCUAACCUCGAAGAACAUUGAGUUGAAUGACAAAGUAUUAGAACUUGAGUUGUUGUUGAAAGAGGAAAAAGGCAAGGGGUUUGAUUUGCAGACAAAAUUCAAUAACAAUGAGAACCAACAAAAGUCCAGUACUGCAGAUUUGAGGGCAAAGAUUAGUGAGUUGGAACUGGAGACCAAACUCUUGAAGACACAUAAAAAUGAAAUGGAAGAAAAAAUAAAAUGUGACAAAAUUGAAGCAUUAACCGAAAGAGAACAUUUGUUGGAGCAGCUUAACAUGGUGCAACAAAAGUUAGAUUUCGUAGAAAAUGAGAACAGAGAACUAAAAGCCAAGAUGGAAAGCCAGAGAGAACAAAUUUCUCAAGAUUUUAUUGAGAUAAACAAUCUGAAGGACAAUUUAGUUGAUGUCAGAUUGGUUGAGAAACAUAUGGUGGAAGAAAAAGAAAGGUUUCUUGAUAGGCUAAAGGAUUUGGAAUUAAACUUGGAAAGUCAAACGAGUCAGAAAAAUGAUUUGGAAGAGAAGUUAAGAGACACAAGCUAUGCGAUUAAAGAACUAACAGAAGAAAAUAAGACCCUUCAAGAGAGAAAUCAUGAACUGAGAAUAACAAUGACACAAAAAGGGGAAGAAAUCUCUAAGUUUGUGAGAGAACAUGAAAACCACAAAAGUGGAGCUUCCAUGGAAGUUAUGACUUUAAAAGCAAAACUUAAUUCAAUGAGACUUGAGUUGGACACUAUGCGGGAACAAAAAAACAAGUUGGAGCAACAAAAUGAACGAAGUCAAAAGGAAUAUGUUGAAAGUCUAACAAAGAUGGAAAAUUUGAAUGCCAAGUUAGCAAGCCAGACAAGUGAUCAAGAGAAAACGAUUGAACAACUUAUUGAGGAGAACAAACAAGCCAAAAUUGUGGCCAGUAAAUUGAAGUUUAUUCAGGUAACAGCGGAAAGGAAAAUUAAUGAAUUGGCAGAAGGAUUUCGAAGGAAAAUGGAAGACAAUAUCAGGUUAUUGCACCAGAGGAUUCACGUGGCAGAGCAACUGAACAAUGAAAAUAAAUACAGUUGCAAAAUAGCAAAACAAAGGUACGAGGAAGAGAACAAAAACAUGGGAAAGAAAAUUGCUAGUUAUAAAGAGGAAACAACAACUCGCGUUCCAAAUGGGUUUGAAUUGAUUGCACUAAAUGGUUUAGACUUAGCAACUGAGAAGAUGGAGGACCAUGCCAGGCGUGUGACUAAAAUGAUGUGUGAGGUUGAGUUUAUGAAGGAUUGGAUGAAGGAAAGAAAUAACGAGGUGAAAAAUCUGAGAGACAAUGUGCAUUGCCUUAGGGAGUUGUUGGACCAAAAGGAAGAACAAGAGUUGUUGUUAAGGGAGAAUUUGUGGAAGUUGGAGGCAGAGGUGAGCAAGGAAGGAGGGGAUAAGUUGAAUCUAAGGAAGGAAGUGAGCCAACUUGAGAAGAAAGUGGGAAGAUUGGAAAAGAGUGUGAAACAGAAGGAUGAAGAGUUGGCUAACCUAGGGGAGAACAAAAAAGAAGCAAUAAGACAGCUUUGUUUUGUGGUUGAUGACUUCCUUCCUUUCAAUUCUUCUUUCUUCCGUUCUCAGUUUCUAUCUUCUACUCCCGCUCUUACGAUCUUCCUUUCAACUUUCACAGUUGCACAAGGUAAACUCAUACAGUUGCAUCUGUGGUCAAGCGCAGAUUUAGGGUUCACAAAUUGUAAUUUUUACCAUUCAAGGAGUCUUGAUCAAGUUGAAUCGUUCAGGGACUGGAACUAG